AUGAUAUUUGAUGCAGCGGCUCCGAAUUUAAUUCCUGAACCACAUGGUGCCAGUUCUAGCUGCCCUCCAACAGUUGAGCAAAUGUUUACAACAUAUGCAUCACCAUUAGAAGAGGUACAAGUGCCAGGUGUUGAUGAAAUUGUGAAUAAUGAAACAUAUCUUAAAUUUCAGGAAGUGUUAAGUGCUGCAGAUGAACCUUUAUGGACUGGUUGUGACAAGCAUACUAAAUUAUCAUUCACUGCAAGACUGUUGAAUAUCAAGGCAGAGUCUAAUUUGUCGGAAGAUAAUUUCAAUAAGGUUGUUCAAGCUAUUGAAGAGGCAUUGCCCCAAGAUAAUAUACUGCCUAAUGAUUUUUAUAGUAUGAAAAAACUUACGAAAGAAUUAGGUCUUCCGGUGGAAAGAAUUGACGUUUGCAGAGACGGUUGUAUGCUAUAUUGGGGAGAUGAUGCAGAUGCAAAUGUUUGUAGAUUCUGUAAUCAAGAUAGAAAAGAUAUGCGACUAAUUUGUAAACGACCCACUCUUGAUGUGGAUGAAAGUAGUAGGGGACCAAAGCCAAAGGCAAUUUAUACAUUGAAUAAAGAACAGAGACGUGUUGUUUGUGAAUGGUUGAAAUCAUUGAGAUUUCCUGAUGGGUAUGUCUCUAAUCUUGGGAGAUGCAUCGAUAUGAAGGAAUUCAAAUUGAUUGGUUUGAAAAGUCACGAUUGUCAUAUAUUUAUGGAAAGACUUAUUCCAAUUGCUUUUAAGGAACUCUUACCAAAUUUUGUAUGGGGUACAAUUACGGAGUUAAGCAUUUUCCUUCAUGAUAUUUCCUCAACAGUUUUGAGAUAUUCACAGAUGGAGAAGUUAGAAAGAGACAUUCCAAUUAUUUUGUGUAAUUUAGAAAGAAUCUUUCCACCUUCAUUUUUUGAUUCAAUGGAACAUCUUUUGGUUCACUUGCCAUACGAGGCCAAAGUUGGAGGACCAGUCCAUUUUCGAUGGAUGUAUCCAUUUGAAAGAUUUUUAUAUCAUUUGAAGAAAAAAGUAAAAAAUAAGGCACAUGUUGAAGCCUCUAUUGUUAAUGCAUACAUUGUGGAGGAAGUAACAACUUUUGCAUCGUAUUAUUUUGAGCCUCACAUUCAGACCAAAAGACGAAGACCUGGAAGAAAUGAUGAAGGUCCUAUUGAUCCCAAUACGAACAUAUUCUCAAUUUUUAAUUAUCUUGGUCGACCGAGUGGACAAUGUAAGCAAAGAUAUUUAACUGAUCAAGAAUGGCGAGCAGCCCAGACAUAUGUUUUACUUAAUUGUCCAGAAGUAUCACCAUAUUUCGAGAUUUUUCAAAACUUGUAUUCUGAUAUGCCAACACUAGAGUUUGAUCGUUUCUGCGAUCAAGAAUUUGCACCUUGGUUCAAAUCAUAUGUUUAUGAUAAUCAAGCUCAUCUCGAACAUCAAAUGUUAUUUCAUCUAUCUUGGGGUCCAAAAGCAAUGGUACGCACUUGGCCAGCAUAUUUUAUAAAUGGAUAUAAUUUUCAUACUCAAGAAUAUGGAAAAGGGAAGACUACAAUGAAUAGUGGGGUCAUUAGAGGUGAGACAUUAUCACUGCAGAUUCUCGCUCUCUGA